UAAUCUGGUUGUUAUGGGAAGAUAUCCACAAUUUUUCCUCUCUCACUGCGUUGUCGCACAUUCACGCGAACGAUCAACGAUAAACACGACGACCAGCAACCAUGGGAAGACCACAAGCCCCAGAGCUCAAGCGGUUUCUUGACAAGAAGCUCGAGCUGAAGCUUAACGCCAACAGAAAGGUUUCCGGCAUUCUGCGCGGCUUCGACCCUUUCAUGAACAUUGUGAUGGAUCAGACAGUGGAGCACAAGCCAGAUGGCGAGCAAGUCAAGAUUGGUGUUGUGGUGAUCCGAGGGAACAGCAUUGCCACGAUGAAGGGUCUUGAGGCCAUCUGAACGGCCAGGGAGUCGCCAGCACGUGCAUGAAACAGCCAGUAUAAUGUUACUACCCCUGACAAAGUCCUCCCCUCCUCCCUGUGCACCUCCUGCGUUGGUCCCCCUUGUGUGCCCUGUGUAAACAUUUUCAUGGCUCUCUUGUGUGUGCGUGCGUGUUGAAUGGUGUAUUUGAGCGUCGAGUGAGCGGCUGUACCGCUUCCCCGCUUGUUGAUUGGGCGCGUGUAACAAAACCAAUAGAACGAACGAACCAGC